GGGGACAGCUGCCAAUCUAACUUGGCUGCUGAGUCAGUUGCUGUGACAGCUCUAUUGCCAUUGGAUAAGCCUUGCUAAAACAGGAAGCAACUUGGUGAUUAGCUGGAUCCUGAAUUUUAGAUAGGCUGGUUGAAUGACGGCAAAUUGUGCCUGAGUUCCCUGUUGUGGCCUCUUGCUCUCUGGACUUUAUCCUGUAUUCCACUUUCACUUUUGUCUAGUUUGAGGCAGCCUUGCUGGCAGAAGCUAAUUUUUCCCAUUUCCAGCCUUACAUGGAGACAUACCUUCGUCCAUAGAGCAACUGCUGGGCUGUCUGGUGAAGUGAUCCCGCCAUGCGUGAAUACAAGCUAGUGGUGCUAGGCUCAGGAGGCGUGGGCAAGUCAGCUCUGACAGUUCAGUUUGUACAGGGAAUCUUUGUGGAAAAAUAUGACCCAACAAUAGAAGACUCAUACAGAAAGCAAGUGGAGGUAGACGGGCAGCAAUGUAUGCUUGAAAUUCUUGACACAGCAGGCACAGAGCAGUUCACAGCAAUGAGGGACCUUUACAUGAAGAAUGGGCAAGGUUUUGCCCUGGUAUACUCCAUCACAGCACAGUCAACCUUCAACGACCUCCAGGACCUGAGGGAACAGAUUCUUCGAGUAAAGGACACAGAGGAUGUGCCAAUGAUCUUGGUGGGAAACAAGUGUGACCUUGAGGAUGAGCGUGUGGUGGGGAAGGAGCAGGGACAGAAUCUAGCCAGACAGUGGAACCACUGUGCCUUUUUAGAGUCCUCCGCUAAGUCAAAGAUCAACGUCCUCGACAUCUUCUAUGACCUGGUCAGACAAAUAAAUAGGAAAACGCCAGUGGAAAAGAAGAAGGCAAAAAAGAAAUCCAACUGUGUCCUGCUUUAAAACCACCCCCUUCCUACCCCUGCAGCAGCUCUGAGCCAGAAUGCUGUAAUGAAGAACUGUUGCCCUGAUUGGAACGUGCCAGCAUUCCGACAGCCCCCUGCCCCUUCCCUCCCACAUGCACACCAUCGGCCAUAAACGGUGAAUCAGCUGACUGACCUUCUCCUAUCGAAGAUGAGGAUGAUCUAAACGAGAAAGAGAUUGCAAGAGAGAACAAGAAAAAGGAGAGAGAGAGAGAGAGAGAGAGUUGGAGAGAAGACUGUGGUCUCUCACCUCUGAGGACCUUCUUCUGUGUCUCUGCAUCAGUGGUUGACUCAGAAUGGACAGUUUCCAUUUCCACACCAAACAAACACCACCACGAACCGACCAUAACAAUGGUCAAGAGCCUAACAAAAGCCCCUCUCAAAGCAGGAAAAAAAAACAUUACAUGUCCAUGAUCCUCCUAUCAGGCCAGAGAGCAGCCCUUAUUUUCAGUUUUCGGAAAGUUUAACAAAAAGGAAAAAUUAACAGCAUUAAGAAGAUAAAACAAAAACAUAUACUUUGAUUCAGUAUUUUUCAUCUUUGCAAUAUUAAUAGCGCAUUUGAAAGACAUUGAAGUUGACCUCUUAAGUUUUAUAAUUAUGAAUAUUCAAAAAUGAGCAUGAAAAACACAUCUGUUAUUAAGUGUAGAUGUUUUCAAGUGGAAAAGUGAAAACUUUUUUUUAUAGCCAUACACCUAUCCUCCAUGCCUGUCAUGUCAAUGGUGAUAGAACAAGAUCCAUAAUAUGUAUUUUUGUUUUAUUUUUCCCUAUUGUUCAUGGACUUUUCUCUUCUGCAAAUCUCUCUGAUGUGACUUAAUUUUAUACUCAGUCACUGGGAUUUCAUAGCUCCCAUAAUAUAUUCUAAUGCCAUUUUUUGCAUAGUAAUGCUUCAGAAAAAUGGGUCUUUUAUAGAAGAAAUAUGGGGAAAAAUAAGGAUUGAUUUCUAUGUCUCUUGAAGCUGAAAUAUAUUAUACUAAACCAACUCUAAUAAUGCUUCUUGUGUUUUUCUGUCAAAUGAUGUUCCAGCUUUUAUGGAUUAUUAAAGUACAUUUUAGUACAUUUUCAUUAUAUUGGUCAAUGUAUUUUUGUGAAUUAAACUUUUAUCCAAAGUGGAGUUGACUGAUUUAAAGAGACAUGAAAUUAAAGUGUGACAU